UGUGAGAUUAGAUAAGAAAGCGAGAGAACGGAGCUCUACUUCAUGGCGAGCUCUUCGUGCUGGGCGGCCACGGCGGCGGCGCCGCCGUCUUCUCUUAAAUCCCUCUCUGGGAACCCUAGCAAGACCCUUAUACUCUCCUCCAGUGGAUCCCUCGUUUCUGCUUCGUUCUCUUCUUCAAAGAAGUUUGAGAGGCUGAGUUGUGCUUGGAGUGCUCCGAAGGCUGUGUACUCCGGUGGGGUCUGGACGCCUCAGCGGGUUGAGAGACAAGAGAUUUGGUCGAUCAGGCAAGAUUUGGAAGUUCCUUCUUCGCCAUACUUCCCGGUGGAGGCACAAGGUGGGCAAGGCCCGCCUCCAAUGGUGAUGGAGCGGUUUCAGAGUGUAAUCAGUCAGCUUUUCCAGCAUAGAAUAAUUCGGUGUGGUGGAGCAGUUGAUGAUGACAUGGCAAACAUCAUUGUGGCACAGCUUCUCUAUCUGGACGCUAUUGAUCCUAAUAAGGAUAUUGUCAUGUAUGUCAACUCUCCUGGAGGAUCAGUGACAGCUGGUAUGGCUAUAUUUGAUACGAUGAGGCAUAUCCGCCCUGAUGUUUCCACUGUUUGUGUUGGGCUUGCUGCUAGCAUGGGCGCUUUCCUUUUGAGUGCUGGAACCAAGGGAAAGCGGUAUAGUUUACCAAACUCUAGAAUAAUGAUUCAUCAACCUCUUGGUGGUGCCCAAGGAGGACAAACAGAUAUCGACAUUCAGGCAAAUGAGAUGCUGCAUCACAAGGCGAAUUUAAAUGGUUACCUUGCCUACCACACUGGCCAAAGUCUAGAGAAAAUCAACCAAGACACUGAUCGGGACUUCUUCAUGAGUGCGAAAGAAGCUAAAGAAUACGGUUUAAUAGAUGGUGUUAUCAUGAACCCUCUCAAAGCUCUUCAACCGCUUCCCGCCACCGAUGAAUAAGAUCUGGAUCACAAUAUUUCAUUUGUGCACUAAUAGUUUUGGAGAAACCUUUCGGUGAUGAUCUAUUUAAAAAUCCGCAGAUAGUUCCAUCGACUUAGUUUUCGGUUCAGUGAGGGACUUUUCAUACUUACUGAAUAUUUGAUAACUGUGUCCUUUCAAUGUUAGACUUUCAUAUACAAAGUCAGAGGAUGAUAUAUUUAUGGUUUA